AUGACAAAAUCAUUCUCGAUACACAUGGCUGUAUGUCAUUCGACGUCUCCUGAAAUUACCACAUCUGAUAAGGGCACACAUUCAAAUGCGAAAUCUUCACGAAUUGAUAUGGAUAACUUAAAAGAAAUAAUGAGACGUAAUAAAGCUGAAAUAAGUGCGGAAUUGAAAAAUCACGGUGUACAGCCUGAUCAAAUAAUCGAAUGUCGACGUAUGUUUCAUGAAAGUGAACAAGGAGUAAGAACCUUCAGUGAAGCGAUUGCAACCAUUCAUUUCAACAAAUUUAAAAGUCCCCUAGUUACCGACUAUAACUUCACUGAAUUGAUCGACUGUUUCGAACGACAAAGGAAACAUCAUCAAAUGGAGGCAGAUCGUCGAAAUGGUUCAAUGUGUUACGGUAAUCUACCGCCACAGCAUAUUGAAGUGAUCCAGAAGGUCGAUAAGAGAUUUGAUGAUUCCUAUAGUAUAUAUUACGAAUUAAGUAAAUAUAUGUUUCUCAUCAAAUUUGGCUGGGCCAACAUUUUUCAUUAA